AUGGCGCUUCCACUUGCCGUUCUGGCUGUGGCCGCAGUUGGGCGCAUCCGCCUAGCCUUGGGAAAGACGACUUGGGCGAGUAUGUUCAGUAAUCAGGGCGCGGUAGUGAUGAUUCUCUAUCUUGCCUCGGCACGUGUCGCGGUGCUUCCGCUUCAGUGUGCCGCCAAUCCGGAUGGAUCCUCAUCAGUUCAGGCAUAUCGGUCGGUCAUAUGCCUGGAGGUGCCAGAGCACAUUGUCAUGGUGAUCCUGGCGAUAGUUGGGUUGGUCUUGUUUAGCAUCACUCCCCUGGCCGCCGUGUCAUGGGCAGUGUGGGUAUACCCAAAUCGCAUCCAAAGCCCUGGCUCAAUUGUGUUCCUGGAGAGGUGGCGAUUUGCCUUUGAUCGCUUCUCUAAUGAAUCCUACGCAUAUGCGGUGGUCUACCUCUGGCGCAACCUCCUCAUUGCACUCACGCCAGCGGUGUUCACCAACAACCAAGCGAUCCAGGUCCUCCUACUGGCUGUGAUCUUGGUUGCUGGUCUAGCGAUCCAGGUGCGGCUCAUGCCCUGGCGGACCAGCCUAGCCAACCUCAUCGACGUGCUGGCGUCGGUCUCUGUUUCCAUCUUGGUGGUCGGCAGUUCAUUGCUCAUGGUCAUGACGGCACAGGACGUGGGCUUACUUCAGACCUGGAUUUCCCUCCACCUCUUGGCCACCUUUGGCAUCUUCGUGUGUGUGGUCGUGAACCAUUCCCUCAAAUGGUUCGUCAGCAAGAAGUACCAAGUCUUCAUCAGCCAUCACAAAGGAAGUGCAGCAGCUCUCGCGCGCUGGUUCAAGACGUGUAUGCUAGCUCAGCAGAGGUUGAAGUUGAAGAUAUUCCUGGACUCAGAUGACCUUCUAAGUGUGGACGCGCUCUUUGACAUUGUCGCGCACCAGACGCAGAACGUGAUUUUGAUUCUCACGAAAGAGUAUUUCACCAGGCCCUGGUGCAUGGGCGAAUUUGUGAGUGCGAUCCAGUCGCGGGUUCCCAUCGUUGCAGUGAAGUGCAAGGAUUGUGAAACCCUGAACACGGACCUGAUUGUGGAACAUGUGCGGAGCAUCUGGAAGGAGUCGCACAAGGCUUUGCUGUCGAGUCUGGGCGUCACCGAAGGCCUUGUUGCAAAGGCCAUUGCGCACCUGCAGCACAACAUCAUCCCAGUUGUGGAGCUGGAUCGAUCAGCCAGCGAAUCGGACCAAGUCAACGUGGUGUCAGCCACCAUGGAGGCCUGCCGCCUGGGCACCUUUGCCUUUUCCAAGGAAGCGCAGACUUGUUGCUUCUUGGUGCGACGGAAGCUCGUCCUCCUCACGAGAACGGUGGUGGACAUUCUGGACGAGGGGCGGGUGGACAUCCUGGGAAAUAGGAGCGCGCUUCCAGAGCUGGGGGUGCUGGUCGUGCUGCUAAUGCAGGGGACCUUAGCGGAUCCCUUUGUGGCCAACGCGCUGUUCCUGACAAGGAAGGCUCGCGAGGAUGUCAACUUGGUUCCGCUGAUUGCCGACCCGAACUUUUCUUUCCCAGAUCCGGCGUACUGGGCGCAGCUUGCCUCAGGGAGGCGGGGGGCCACCUGUAGGUUUAGGGUUUAG